AUGGCGGCGGCUGCGGCUCCGCCCCCGUGCGGAUGAGCUCACGCGGUGCCGCAGCCCCGGGAGGAGGGGGAGGGGCGGCUGCUCCCUCACAACAAGAUGGCGGCGGCGGCGGCGGCGUCCAGCGGCGGGCCCCCCUCCUCCUCGCCCUCCCCGUCCUCCGCCCCGGCCCCCGCGCCCCGCCUGCCCCCCCCGGCCCCGCCGCCCUCGGGACGCCCGCCGGGCCCCGCGCGCAUCGGCUACUACGAGGUGGAGCGCACCAUCGGCAAGGGCAACUUCGCCGUCGUCAAGCUGGCCACGCACCUCGUCACGCGCGUCAAGGUUGCCAUAAAGAUCAUCGAUAAGACGCAGCUGGAUGAAGAGAACCUCAAGAAGAUCUUCAGAGAAGUUCAGAUUAUGAAGAUGCUUUGCCACCCUCACAUCAUUAGAUUGUACCAGGUUAUGGAGACCGAACGGAUGAUUUAUCUGGUAACAGAAUAUGCCAGUGGAGGGGAAAUAUUUGAUCAUUUGGUAGCCCAUGGGCGGAUGGCUGAAAAAGAAGCCCGGAAAAAGUUCAAACAAAUCGUAGCAGCCGUCCAUUUCUGCCACUGUCGGAAUAUUGUCCACAGAGACCUGAAGGCUGAGAAUCUGCUUCUGGAUGCAAAUCUGAACAUCAAAAUAGCAGAUUUUGGAUUCAGUAAUAUCUUCACUCCUGGUCAGCUGCUGAAGACAUGGUGUGGAAGCCCCCCUUACGCUGCCCCGGAGCUCUUUGAAGGAAAAGAGUACGAUGGACCAAAGGUGGACAUUUGGAGCCUUGGCGUGGUGCUCUACGUGCUGGUCUGCGGGGCCCUGCCUUUCGAUGGGAGCACGUUGCAGAACCUGCGGGCAAGGGUGCUGAGUGGGAAGUUCCGCAUUCCAUUUUUCAUGUCCACAGAGUGUGAGCACCUGAUCCGCCACAUGCUGGUGCUGGACCCAAGCAGGCGGCUCUCCAUGGAACAGAUUUGCAAACACAAGUGGAUGAAGCUUGGUGAGGUGGAUGCUGAGUUUGACGGGCUCAUAGCAGAGUGUCACCAUUUGAAGGUUGAGAGGCAGAUGGAACCCCUGAACGACGAGGUGCUGCUCGCCAUGGCAGAGAUGGGGCUGGAUAAGGAGCGGACCCUUCAGUCCUUACGCACAGAUGCCUACGAUCACUACAGCGCAAUCUACAGCUUGCUUUGUGACCGCCUGAAGAGACACAAGAACUUGCGCAUCGCCGCCCCGCCCAGCUUGCCCCGAACCAUGGCCUUCCCUGCCCCAGCUAGCAUCCAGGCGGAACAGGCAAGUAACCCGGUGAGCAUCAAUGUGCCACAGGUGCAGCUCAUCAACCCCGAGAACCAAGUUGUGGAGACGGAUGGCACCAUGACCCUGGACAGCGAUGAGGGCGAGGAGCCUUCCCCCGAAGCUCUGGUCCGCUACCUCUCCAUGAGGAGACACACGGUGGGAGUGGCUGAUCCUCGGACGGAAGGGAUGGAGGAUCUGCAGAAGCUGCUGCCGGGCUUCCCCCGUGUCACGCCACAGGCUGCCUUCUUGCAGGUGGCUCCAAACAUGAAUGUGGCCGCCAACAUGCUUCCCAUGCAGCACCUGCAACCCACUGGCCAGCUGGAAUACAAGGAGCAGUCCUUGCUGCAGCCUCCAACCCUGCAGCUGCUGAAUGGCAUGGGGCCUCUUGGGCGCCGGGCAUCCGAUGGAGGAGCCAACAUCCAGUUGCACGCGCAACAGCUCUUGAAGCGUCCUCGGGGCCCUUCUCCGCUUGUGACCAUGACACCAGCCGUGCCCGCUGUGACGCCUGUGGAUGAGGAGAGUUCGGACGGGGAGCCGGAUCAGGAAGCUGUGCAGAGAUACUUGGCCAGUCGGUCCAAAAGGCACACUCUGGCCAUGACCAGCCCCACCGCUGAAAUCCCACCUGACUUGCAGAGGCAGCUAGGACAGCAGCCCUUCCGCUCCCGGGCAUCACACCUGGCACCUGAACAGCACCGCUACAUCUACAAGGAUUCUAAUACCUUGCACCUUCCCACGGAGCGGUUCUCUCCUGUCCGUCGCUUCUCAGAUGGGGCCGCCAGCAUCCAGGCAUUCAAGGCCCAGCUGGAGAGGAUGGGCAACCACAGCAGCAUCAAACAGCUGCAACAGGAGUGUGAGCAGCUGCAGAAGAUGUAUGGUGGACACAUGGAUGAGAGGACCCUGGAGAAGACGCAGCAGCAGCACCUCCUCUACCAGCAGGAGCAGCACCAGCAAAUCCUGCAGCAACUCCAGGAUUGUGUCUGUCCUCCGCAGCCCUCUCCACCAUUACAAGCCCCAGGAGAAAACCAGCCAGCUCUUCUCACCCACCAGCUGCAAAGGUUAAGGAUUCAACCAUCCAGCCCCCCUCCGACCCACCCCAGCAACCACCUCUUCCGGCAAGCGGACAGCAGCCCCCCUCCGACCAGCAGCAGCCUCCUCCAGAGCCACAGUGCCACCUCGCAGUCGCAGUUCCAAGUGAUGCCCUCUCACAGCGCCCUCUUCCAGCAGUCUGGCAGCUGCUCCCCUCCGCCCACCAUGGCGCUGUCCUGCAUGGGCAUGCCGCAACAAGCACAAGGGCAGCCGGUCGCCAUCCAAGUGCAGGAGCCGGGAGAUGUGCUCGCGGGCAGCCUCCUGCAGGCCGGGCAGGGUAUGGCCAUCACCCCUGGUGCCAGCCAGCUCCAGAUGCACCAUCGCGCCAGUCUGAUGGCCUGCCUGACUUAUGGGCACAGACCCCUUUCCAAGCAGCUCAGCACGGACAGUGCCGAGUCACACAGAUACCCACCCUCUGGCUAUGACCAGCUGCAGUUGCAUCCUCACCUGUUUUCGGAGCAGGCCCGUGUUUCUCCAAGCAAUUACAACGCGUCCCCUGCAGUGGGGUUCCCCCCCACGCAGGCCCUGAAGGUCCCGCCGCUGGAGCAGUUCCCCGCCUUCCCCCAGAGCGCCCAUCAGCAGCACUACGCCACCUCUGCGCUGCAGCAGGCGCUGCUGUCCCCAACCCCCCCGGACUACAGCCGGCACCAGCAAAUCCCGCACAUCCUGCGCGGCCUGCUGUCGCCCCGGCACUCGCUCACGGGCCACGCGGACUUGCGGCUGCCCCCGGCAGAGGUUGCACAGCUGAUCAAGAGGCGGCAGCAGCAGCAGCAGCAGCAGCAGCAGCAGCAGCAGCAAGAGGUUCAAGAGCUGAUGCGACACAUGAGCCAAGGGGAGACCGGGCACGUGGCGGCCCACGGACCCCAGAAACUCUCUGAGCGCCAGUCCCUGUCUUUGCCUUAUCAGAACACUGACUCCUACCACCACCACCACCACCACCACCACCACCACCACACGAGCCCCCAGCACCUUUUAAAAGUGAGGGCCCACGAAUGUAUCCAGCCGGCCCACGGGUACGCCCCCCAGCCCACCCUGGUCCACUCGGAAAGCAUGGAGGAGGAGGAAGAGGAGGAGGAGGCAGCGGAGUGUGUGUGUGAGCGGGACAGGGACGGCUUUCCAGACCAUAAGACCAAAGGUUGCCAUGAGCCUUCACUGCUCUUGGGCAUCAGUGGGCCCGGGGACCCUGACUCUGUGCUUGGGACUGCUAAGAACGAACAGGAGUUGGGGGGACACCUUUACGGCCACCACCCAGCUGCUGCCUUCAGUCGGAACCAGGUGCCCUAUCGAGACUCCAUGGUCACAAGUGGCCUGGAAAGAACCUCUCCAGGGGAAGCUGUGGAGAUGCCGGCGGUAGAUGGGCCAGGAGCUUAUGCUGCAAGACCGGUUUCUGGUGCCCCCCACAGAGCCCGGCCCCUGCAGAGACAUCACACCAUCCAGAACAGUGAUGAUGCCUACGUGCAACUGGACACACUACCGGGCAUGAGUCUCAUGGCUGGGAAGGCCUUAAGCUCUGCACGCAUGUCAGACGCCGUGCUUAGCCAGUCACCGCUCCAUGACAGGGAGAACGCAGGGUGUGGGGAGAACUUGGAGGGUGAAGAGCAGCACCCCAGUCUAGGAGACGGCAGCCAGCAUUUGAACACCUCUUGCUACCCCUCCACGUGUAUUACUGAUGUCCUGCUGAGUUACAAGCACCCAGAGUUGCCCUUUGGGAUGGAGCAGGCUGGGGUCUAGAGAGCAGGCAGGCUACAGGGUGUGUACAGCUUUGAAACGAAAAGGUCCAUUUCAAACCAACAGUAUCUUGCAGCGUUGCACCAAAUGGCCGUAGCGUUUCUUCUUGACGGAACAUUGACGGCUGCUCCUCCUCUUCCUCUUUGGUUCAACAGUGUGCUUGGUCCUUUUGGAUGUCCCUUUUUGCCAUAUUUGUCUGUGAUGCCAGCCAUCCUGGAGUCACCAGCGCGCUCCUCAUCCGUAGGCACAGGAGCCCUCCCCCAGCAGCAGGCAGCGGGUGCAUCUCGGCAGAAGGGUUGAGAGGAACGCUGCCUGCUAGCCAGCAAUAAACAGAUGCUUUGGAUGCCCCCUCUUCAGGAUCUGCCACACCACCCCCACGCACAGUGAUCAGCAGAGCUGAGGACCCUGCAGCAGAGGCUCCAUGCGCCCCCCGGCCUUCCUUGGAUUCUUUGCCUCCCUCUCCCUCCAGCACACGGCAGCUUGCCCCCCCCCCCCUUCGGCCCCUCUCCCCACCCGGUAGUGGUGCAAUAUUGCUUUUGUGUGUCUUUCCUUUGUUCGCCUUCCUCUUUUGGCUUUUGCCCUUCAGCUACAGAGUUUGUCCCCUUCCUUCUCCGUUGGAGUUCCUGUCUGUUCCCGUCUGAUCGACGUGCUUCAGUUUUUUUUACCUCCACCCCUUUAAUUAUAAUGUGAGAAUCUAUUUCUCAUUUUUAACUCUCCUCCCGAUCAUGUAGGAAUUUGUUUGAGUAAAUGCUUUAUUAAUAUUAUUAUAAAUUAAUUAAUAAGAGGCAAAAGGAACACAUAUGAGAGAACUCUUCCCUUGGGCCUGCGUGCUGCCCCUGCUGCCCCUAGGAUUAUUGCCCCCGCCCCCCGCACGCACACUUGUGCCAGUGAUGGAAAGUGGGGCUUCCCCUCAUGCCCCCCCCCCUCUCAAUCUUUGCCGGACUUUGCUUUCUGUGCCUGAUGCAGGUACGGGGGACCCUCCAGCAUCUGGGCCUUCGGGGAGUUUUGUGUCAUCAGUUUUGCCUUGGGGACUUUUGGAAAAGCUACAACAGAAAAUUCCUAUUUCUGACACUUUUUGGAAUAAUUUUUUUAAAGAAAAAAAUCAGUUCAGCCCUCCAAUAUUUGCACAGAAGAAGUGCGAGACCAGCCCGGCUGAGGUUCUUCAGCUGCCGCUGUCUCUUCUUCGUGGUUUUUGCCUCCUCCACUGUGGUUUCCCCGCUUCCAGGUGCCGAGAUCAGCCAGCGGUGGCCACGCAUCCCCUUUCGGACGCAGCCCUUAUCCUGGAACUCCCUUGCCCGAGGCGGGGGCAGCGUUUGGAGGGCUGCUGCCCACCCCUCUGUCAGGAGAGGGCCAGUGGUUUGGGUUUACGUGACCUCGUGUGUGUUCCUGAGAGGUGCCACCGUCCACCCGCCACUGACACGCCAGCUGCGCAGGGACUCAUCUGUUGCACCCUCUGGCAGGAUCACACCCUGUUCUUUUCUUCGUUGUUUUUUUAACCGUUGCUUUGUAUUGUAGUAAUCAAUACUUGCAGUAUAUGUUGAAUGUAUGAUAUACUUUGCUAUUAUUUCUGUUUUGGAGAAUGUCCAGAGUAUUUUUCUCAUUUACGUUGGACUCAAAAACAACAAAGCCAACCCUGCUUCCCACAAAAUCCCCGCCCCCCCCCAAGAUCUUCAGUAAAUUCUUCAAUAUUUUUUUGUGGGUCAUUUGCAGCUAGUAACUUAGUUGGACGUGGGAUCAUGACCAAUAAAGCCAUGGUUAUGCUUG